AUGGUCAUGGCUCCAGAGACUCGUAAAAACUCCUCAAUGAGCUGUGAAGAAUUCGGAACACUAGUCGCCACAAAUCCUCAGGCAUUGCUCAGUUUCUACGUUGAUCACAGCAAAAUGUCAUUAGGUCGAUUGAGACAAGGAUUGAUUAAUUUGACGCAGAAUCCCGACUUGGAAAUGCUAUUCCAUCAUUGCUCAUUCGUCAGCAUCUGGAUGAAUCUGGCGUAUCUCGCGGCCACUGAUAUCGGAUUCAUGGAGAUGCCCGAAGAGGUGAAGGCGAGUAAAAACGUUUUGAUCUCAUUCAUUGGCAAACUGCUAAACGGGCUCACCCCAGAAUUCCGACGUCUUCAAUUGGAUCCUGUUGAAUUUGCAGCUCUUAAAGCAAUAAGUGUCUGGAAGAUGAGUAUUUUGGGGGACAAUGAGACAGCACGAGUGCUGUCAGGAGAGCAGUAUUUAGGGGUGGCGAAGUCGUUGAAUGAGUAUCAUCAGGCCCUGUACCAAGAGAUGAUUACGGUGUAUACGACAUUGAACAUUGAUGACUGUUAUCGAGGAGAUUUCUGCUGA